UUUAGUCUAUUGUAUUUGCGCUUUAACUGCUGUGGCGCACCAGCGGCGGCCACGAACGACGGAGAAGGCGAUGGGCACCAAAUCCUUAGAUUCUCUCCGCCCAACAGAAGCCCUAGAGAUAGAAAAUGGGCUCACGCUCGUACCGCGCGUGAUGUUGAACCUCACCAUCUUCCCAUCUGAAACAGCCUCUGUGACGAAGCCCAUAGACGAGUGGCAACUAAAGCGUGCCCUUAUAGACUUCCUCAAAACCUCUUUCCAUGUGCCCAUCACCGUCCCUGAAGAGGACCUCCACAUCAAACGCUUCAAAGACCUCAAGAAGCGCAAGCGCGUGGAUCCAGUCGCUGGCGGCACUAUCUUCAUUCGCGACCUGGGGUUCCUCAACAGCAAAAAUGAAGAUGACUUGGAGGUUCUCGACAAGAAGUUCUUGGACUGGAAGAGCUCGCUUGUUGAGAAAAUGGAUGGGAUUGAGUUGAAUCUUGAAGGGGUUAAGUUCCGUCUAGGUGUUGCAAUUCCGGCGACAGAUGAUUUUCAAGGAAUGAAGAAAGAUUGGGAAGAUUUCUAUGCUUUUGGAAAUCGCGGGUAUUCAAGGGGUGGGAGUGGGAGGCAACAGCCGGAUACAAUUGUGUUGAGAGGGGCUCCAUCGCGGUGGUUUGCAGAGCCCCGGGUUUCAUCGAAGCCGUCCAUGUUGGUUACACAUACUAUUUUUUCCACUUUUGGAAAAAUAAGGAAUCUUAAUGUUGCUGAGGACAAUGAUCUAGGUGACAAAGCAGAUGAGGAUGAUGGUGACAUAGUUUCAGGCCUCCACUGUAAAAUUGUGGUUCAGUUUGAGAGAUACAGGGACUUCUAUAAUGCUCUGAAGGUGUUGUGUGGUCGUUCAUUGCAGAAGCAAGGGUCUCGUUUGAAGGCUGAUUAUGAGGUAAGUUGGGACAAGGAUGGCUUUUUCCGAAACACUAGAAGUCAUGCACAAGAAAGGAGCAGCAGGAUGCCAGAAAUGGCAGCAGACAGCUAUAAGAGUGGAGCUCCUAGACGCCAACCAUACUUCCCCCACUCAGGAUAUGACAAUUCACGUCCUAAGAGGUUCAAGGAGUAGCAAAUGGGAAGAACACAGCGGUAAAAGAGUCGUUUGGGAGCUCAUAGAUGUGAGAAUGAGCUUUAAUAUUUGUGGAACAACCCAGAAGAUGUACUUUGCCCCCUCAAAUAGAAAUAGCUCCAGAAGCCUUAUGCAAGAGUAGGAAUGGAGCAAGGGUUGACCUGAUGUACAAACUCUCGUAAUUUAAUGUUCUCAAUAGAAUUUCUAUGUUAGUUCAGUAAAACAAUUACUUUGGGAAAUUUGAAUAUGCUGCCUAGUGUUUGACGAUUUCUUUA